AAGCACAAGUCCCCUUUACCAGCUAUCCUGCUCAUUUUCUCUGCAUCAAACCACUAUUCAGCGAUCAUGUGUUUACAACCUGAGCUGUACGACCGUCCGUCUACAGGGGUUUUGCGUAUAGCGUAAGAACAGAACGCCCACAACGCUUCACCGACGACCUGAUCGUGGAGUUCUGCAAAAGUUGCAAAAAGAAAUCGGUGAGUGUGGUCUGCCUAUUAUGGAUAGCUGCUGAAGAAGGAAGUUCAAUUUCCGCAGAAAGCUAAACGUUUCGUCGGUCAGCAGUAUACCUGAAGAACUCGGCGAGGUGCGGACGGACGGCGAAGCCGUCUCUAAUGGCACAAAACCAUCUGUGAUACAGCUAUUCUAAUCUCUCGGCAACAAUAACAAUUAUAAUGAAGUGCAGAUAGGCAGCAGCAGCUAUAGAGAGAAGGAGUGUGAGGAGAGAUAGGCAUAUGGAACGUGGUUCGAUUAGCUACUGCACGGCAAAGAAGUGCGAAGAGGUUGGUGGAAGAGGUGUUGUACGUGAGAGUAAAAGUUGGCAGAACCAACGAACCACACACUGCAGCUACAGUACGGUACAGUUAGUCUAGUCUACCUCGCAUCGUGUCACGCCCGAACGAUCGCCCUUUUUCCAGAUAUUUAAAAUUAAACCCAAGUGUGUCACGGCAAAGUAAUAAGAACAAACAAACUGUGACUCACACAGCGCGGAGAUCACCGAGAGUUGCAUCAGUGUGAAAAUCAUCGCCACUUGAGUGAAUUACCGUGGGUAAAACGUGCCGCGUCGCGACGCCGCAGAAUCACAUCUAUAGGGCGUCAUUGGCGAAACAACAAACAAGUGGUGGAGCUGGUGGCCCAGGCGGUUGAGGCGCCCGGCACCGCGGAGUAGAGUUGGACCAGAGAUGGCAGUUUCGAAAUUCAGCGACGUCGACGAGUAUGGCUUCAAACGGGAGCCCGACUUUGACUACCAGUCGUACGAGAACAUCAUGUCCAGCUACUACACAGUCCUCACGACUCGCAGCAUCAAGUGGCAAAAGUUCUCCAAAAACAACGCCGACAUUCUGGGCAACCCACGCAAGCUGAAGCGUUUUAUUCGGAAAGGCGUUCCGGGCCCGUUGCGCGAGGAAGUCUGGAUGAAAUCUUCCGGAGCUUACGCGAUGCAACAGAAGGAACCCACGCUGUACCAGACGCUGCUGCGGUACGAGUACGAUCAGGAGAUUUCGGAUCAAAUAAAAAUCGACCUGCCGCGAACAUUCCCGGACAACAUCCACUUUGAGCAGUACCAGCUCGGGCUGUAUAACGUGCUCAUAACGUAUGCACAUCACAAUACGGCGGUCGGUUACUGCCAGGGAUUGAAUUACAUUGCCGGCCUAAUACUGUUGGUGACCAAGAAUGAAGAGUCGACAUUUUGGCUGCUCAAAGUGCUCGUGGAGGACAUCGUUCCGCUGUAUCACACUAAGAAGAUGGAUAAUUUGAUUACGGAUAUCGAUGUGCUCAGCGAGCUCAUUAGAAUACGCAUACCUGAUGUGCAUAAACACAUUUCCGAUUUAGGACUGCCCUGGCCUGUGAUAGCCACCAAGUGGCUCAUCUGCUUGUACGCGGAAGUGGUCCCAAUCGAGACGGCACUCCGGAUAUGGGACUGCGUUUUUCUCGAGGGAAACAAAAUUUUGCUGCGGGUCGGCAUAAGCAUCGUGGUAGGGCUGCGGCAGGAAAUCCUCGCCACCGACGACAUAUCGGAGCUGAUUGGCCUGUUUCGGGCGCUGGAGAAGAACCCCACGCUGAUGGACUGCCACCGGUUCGUGGAGAGUGUGUUUAAGGUGCCGGGCACGUUGAAGCGGUCCCAGAUUGACGCUCUGAGGCGGCAGAUUUACGAGCAGCGCAAGGCCGACAAGCGGAAAGGCUCCUCCUAGGGUUUGGAGGACUAUAUCCAGAAGAGAUAUAGGCUGAACAUCGUGUAAGUUGGGUGCGACUAGUUUUCGGACGGUCUUCUUACCUUCCAGGAAGACAGUUUCCCGAAAUCUAGUUGUUUUCAAUUUCACACAAACUUUUAAGCUCUUCAUCAGUGACUUCUCAAUUUCAACAAUGCCCAUUUAGCCUCCGACGAACGUGUAGAGUUAUGCAAAUAGGUAUUCCGUCGGCAUCGUCGUCGUCACGCAUCCUUUACGCAGCAGGAUGAAGAAGUAUAGCAUUAAUUAGUAGCGAACGCCCCCUCCGCGCUCGCCCUCUGCACUCGUGCAACCACCUCCGGUUUCCGCGCGCGCGGCCGCCACACACAAAUUUUUGGCAGCAAACGAAAUAAGUACUUGAGCUGGAAAAGAUUAGCAUCCGAAAUGAGUUUUGUUAUCUUGUCGAUUCGGUGGGUCGCACACAACAUGUGGUUGCCACCGACACUACCACCUUCCCAGUUAACAUACGAUGGGGGGCGGAGGUGGGAGACGAUUUUAAUUGGUAACGCAAAUGUCAAACUUUUACGUACGCUGCACAGGUUGUUCCGAGAGGUACGAGGUGGGGCACUGGCGCCGGGGGUUCGUUCGUUUCGAGUGGAGUUUCGCUCCAAAGCAAAGUGAUACAUUUAGUAAAAUCCAAUUAAACAAUAAUAUUUGAAGCGUUUGCUGGAACAAUUAGGACAAUACUCGAAAGUUAUGACGCGUUUGAUAGUACGUAGCAUUGAUAGAGGCGCGGAGCUUUGCUACUCGACUAAUUAUGAUUAUGGAAACUAAUGUAGGAAUAGGUAACUUCAGAAAUAAAUACCAGAUGGGUGAUAA